GGACUAUGUUGACAAUCGCAGAACGCAUGCCCUAAGCGACGUUUUCCGGUUAGAACUGUAAAAGUUAAAAGAAGAGGACAAUCCAGCAAAUUUGCGUUGAGUGAGCACUGGAUGUCCUGUAGUUUUUUUCAUUCUGGAGGAGGAGAAUACAGGCCCAUACUUAGAUAGGAGGUUUACAUCUCUGUCUCUUGGAGAAAGAAAUUCACUAGCUAAUCCUGAUAUUUGGGAUAAUUGUGCUAAUUACUUCAGUAUGCCAAUUAGAAGAAAACGAAGUUCACCUACCUCAGACGAUCCUAGAAAUAAAAAGGCGAAAGUGUCUAAUUGGUCAAGACGUAAUGAGUUAGAGAAUGACUUCAGUACGAAGCGAUGCAUAGCAUGGUUCCAUGAAUACACAGGUACAUUUCCUCUAAAUACUGACGAGGAUGUCUUAGGUCCUGAAGGAAUGGAAAAGUUUUGUGAAGACAUUGGAGUGGAACCAGAAAAUAUUGUAAUGUUGUGUUUGGCCUGGAAAUUGGAUGCCAAAGCAAUGGGAUUCUUCACCAAAGCCGAGUGGUUAAAAGGAAUGACGGAAAUACAGUGCGACUCUAUAUCGAAGUUACAAGGUCGUCUGGAAUACUUGCGCUCAAUGCUGGAUGACCCUGUACAUUUCAAAAAUAUUUACAGAUAUGCAUAUGAUUUUGCUAGGAACAAAGACCAAAGAAGUAUGGAUGUUGAAACAGCCAAGGCAAUGCUGGGUCUACUGCUGGGUAAACAUUGGCCGUUAUUUGGCUCAUUCCAUCAGUUCAUAGAGCAAUCCAAGUAUAAAGUGAUAAAUAAGGACCAAUGGUGUAAUAUUCUGGAAUUCAGUCGAUCAAUUCUGCCGGAUCUGUCAAAUUAUGAUGAGGAUGGAGCAUGGCCAGUUUUAUUGGAUGAAUUUGUGGAAUGGUAUCGAGAAAACAAAUCCAUGUCGAGUUAAUCAUUCCAAGCCAGUGUCUUUCAUAGAAAAUGCUGUUCCAUUAGAAACUGAAGCUGUGUCACCUAAUCGCCACUGUACUAUUUCCAGGAAGGUGGUCCACAGCAAAAUUUUGGGCAUUGAAUGUGAGCAAAAAGUGAAAGUGAAAGUUGAUACAAGUUGUCUUGGUAACCUAUGGAUUUUAGUGCUAAGAGAUCAGAGGUGUUAUUGAAACUUCAUACACAUACACAAAAUGUGCUAUUAUAUGUAUUGUUAUGUGUAUUAUAUGGAAAAAAUCUUUAUUGUUUAUUGAUUAUGUUAAGUAUAGAACAUGUAUUAGACAUACAUGUAUAUGUUUGUUAUGUAAAUAAAAGUGAGAUCAAUUAAACACUUAUGUAAGAUGCAUUUCACAGUUUGAUAUUUUCAUUGAUGCAAAUUGCUGAACUUGUCCUGUCAACAUAAUAAAUGCCAGCCAAUGCAUAUAACAAAUUCCUCCCAAAGCCAUAUAUAAAUUUGAUGUUUGUCAUGUGAUGUAAUGAAUGCAUUAUGCACACAGAUAUUUUUAUAACAUACUUGUAGUCGGCCAUUCCAGUUCAGUAGAAGAAAUGACUUCUGAAUGUAUUUUCUAGUCUGUUCUAUCACUUGUGUUCAUUAGUUUGCUUAUGUAUUAACUUGUGUCACAGGUGAUUGUUUUAAACUGCUGUAAAUUUUAUUAAUGAUAUUUCCAUAAUUUACAUAUGACAGCCACCAAAUUUUUACAUAUUAAAAAACCUGAUACAUGCAUUGACAUUACUGUGAGAAUUAAAAUUACAUUCUUUAAAAAAAAAAUUAAUAUUUGAAAAUCAUUGUCCCAUGUCCUUUGUUUUCUGAUUUUCUGAAUGCAAUUUUAAUCCAGCAGCAUUAUAGCUACAAUAAUAUAUAAAUGUGGUUGGUUUGCAGUAUUUCCUAAAAUUGAACUUGGAAUAUAUAAACCGGUAUUUGGGAUUUCAAGAAUUUUUCAUUGAAAUAUUUUUAAAAUAACGUUAUUGAAAGAUUUUCUUUGGCCUAAAUAGAGUUAUAUACUUAUGAAAUUUAUAUAGUAGCAUAUGAUAUCCUAGUGAUGACAAUAUGAAGAUAUAAUGUCAUGAAAAUCGUUUAACUUCAUAUAAUUUAUGUUUUGUUGCAAAUUUUUGGUAUUUUAUAUUAUUACAUUGAGUCUAUGCUUGCUCAAGGACAAUUAUUUACUUUGAUGUGUACAAAAAUAUAAAAGCAAAGGAGUAUGUGUCCAAGUUGAUUGAAAGGUAAAACAUUUAAAAAUAUAUAUAAGAAAUGCAAUACCCAUUGGGAAAAAGGAGAAUGUUAACAAUACAGUACAUGUAUCUCCUGAAUCCAUGUACAUAAAAAGUCUUUAGCGUUACAAUUUUUAUAUACUGUUUACAGCCAGUGUUAGCAUUGAUGUACACGACAGUGAAAGAGCUUGGAAAUAUUUUUGAUAACUUUGCAGCAGGCAAAAAAUUACCUGUGAAGGUACACAAGAAAGUGACAUAGUGUUGUAUGAAUAAUGCACAUAUGUUUACUGACGAUGCAAAUGCUUCCUCUGUCAAAAGGAACACUAUUCUUUUGGAAAUGUUGAUAUAAAUUUUGUGCUUUCAUUGGAAAUGGCCAGUAUUUCCAUUUGCUCUUUUUUUUGCUUUUUCUAAGGUGUAAUGUACUGAGAUGUUGAGGUAGUCUUCCGACAACAAAACAUUUCUUGCCAUCUGUUGAAGGGAAACUGUUUUAAUAAGUGGUGUUUAUUUUGGUGAAUCUGCUACAUAGAUUCUAAAUAUGGAGCAUUUGUGUGAAUGAAGAAAUUUAUUAUAUAGGACGGGGUAAUUUAAGAUGAAGGGUUAGUGGAAGAAAAAUUUAUAUUUAGAAAUGAUCCAGGCUCACCAAUGAAUAUAUGUACAAACAAUAGAGGUUGUCUACCUUUAUGAGCUGUUUCAGUGUCUCAAUUUCUGUGAGUUAAUAUUGUCCAUGGAGUGUUCCCACCCUCCCCUCUAUUUUUUCGCAGCAAAGAUUUUUCUUAAAUUUACACUAAGAAAAAUGAAUUUUGAAGGAGUUGGCCACGUUACUUUUUGGGGGGAAGCAUGUAAAGAAUUGUAAUUAAAUAAACAAAAUAACUUAGAAGUUACAAUAAAGGUACUAUGAUUUCGGAUAAAUCUGCCCCCCCCCCCCCCCCCCCAUUCUUUCAAAAACAAUGCUAUGUGCCUGAUAAUGAAAGGAAAAGAGAAAGCCUUCUCAUCAUGACUGAAUUCAUUGCUUUGUAUGUUUUCAUCGCAAAUUCAUAUUUAAGUUGUUUGUUAUGAUUAAAUGGAGCCUGAAAUUACUCACUUUGGUUACUUUGUGCAGUUUCAAGUUUUGUUGGGUUUUUUAGACUAUGCAAACUUUCAAAUGAUUCAUUAAUGUAAACUGGUAUAACCUAGUUGAUAAAAAUCUAAAUCAAAAGUUUAUAUGUUUUUUAGAAUGUGUUUUUUAAAAAGGGAGCUAUUGAUUGAAAUCACAUACAAUAUGACAUUUCUAUUUGUUUUGUUUUGUUUUUUGGGGUAUUGAACCCAUAAAUGGACAUUUUUUAAGAUAAGCUAGGAUUGUACAACUUUUACCGGUACAAAUAAGCAUGGACGCUGAAGAAAAUAGAAAGAAUAUAACUCUAAGAUCUGGCAUAGAUUUCUUGUGGUUGAAUAUCUGUUUACUUUCGUUGAUAUUUACGGUAUGUUGCAGACACUGUCUUAUUUUAUUUGAUGUAUGAUGAAUGCGAUUCUUGAAGAAGAAAUGUAUGAUAAUUUUGUAAUGAAGACAUGGUGAAAUAUUUCUGUGUAUUUAUUUGAACUAACCUGGUUUUCCUUCUUUUCCAUUCUGUAUACUUAUUCCAUGUACACGUAUAUCCCCGACACAUCGUUUUCAUAGCCAGUAAACGUUGUCUAUCCACAAGACAUACUCCAUUAUUUUUUUAUAUGUGAUACAGACUUGUGGUGGGAGGGUGGGGGUAUUUAUAUCAUAAGUUGUUGAGGAAAAUCACACUGAUUGCAAGGUGUUUGUUAUUGGAUUUUGUGGGAACCCAGCACCCCUUACCAUGCAACAAAUAAAAUUUCCCAAAUAUAAUUUACAAAAUAGAAAUCUUUUGUAAUGCCCUUACCCCAAUAGUUUAUACAUCUGCUCCAAUCACUUUGAGUUGAUUUUUUGUCAUAGUCUGAGAUAGCAGCAGUAAUGCACAUUAUAUGAUAGAGAUAUGAUAGAAAAGUAUAAAAGUCCUAACUAACCAGAUAUACAUGUAUUCACUAAACAUUUACAUAGAUUGAUAUAUCAAAAUUUAUUGCACAGAUUUAUUGAUGGUAGACUCAUAUUAAAUAUGCUAAAUUAAGAUUACCAGUACAUAAAUUAAAAAUGCAAUACAUUUUUGUAUUGUUGUUGUAAAUUUAUGUUCUUAGAUUAUAGACGGCCCUAAAAAAGCUAUGUUUGAAUCAAUCUAAAUGUACAGAAACUUGCAUGUUGACUUACAUAUUUAAUUGUUGUUUUAAACUUUUGCUUUUGUGAUUUAAAAAAGGAAUUCGAAUCAAAAUGACUUUUUUGUUUGUCUACGUGUUCAAAAAAAUAUUUUGCUGAUAUUUUAUUUGGAGGGUAUGAUGUUAAAUAUGAAAGAUUUGUGUUACGGAGUGAACUACAUAAAAAAAUGAUACCGAUUUUCAUUUGGUCUGCAUGUAAAAGUCUCCUUUGUACAGAUUUGUAUUUUGUUACUGAUAUCUGUAUGUUUUUCAUUGUUUAACAUGUUCAGCACACAAUAAAUUUAAUAUAACAUA